GUUAAAGUAAAAAAGAUCACACGACACCACAGCACGCCCGGUCUCCUAAUCCUUGGGCGAUGCACAUUGAUCUGCAGGUGCAAAAUCUGUACUACUCCCACUAAAUCUAAUCUCUCCUCUGAUCCUCUCUAAUCAUUCGUUGAUUUCAUUCCCCUGUCCGGACCCCGGCCCCUCUCUCUCUUUCUCUCUCUCUCUCUCCCCUACCUAUCUUAUCUAUCAGCGUCUGUCUCAAGGAAUCCAGUUCAAUUCAACCGCAAUGUUGUACAGCUACUUAAAGGCCCAUCGCUUGUGCCAAGCCAAGCCCGGUCCCCCUUGCUCUGCCUCUGCCUCUUCUUCCUCCUCCUUGCUCUGCUUCUGCUCUCUAGCUAGCCUUCUUCCUAUUGGAAGCUUCUUCUCAAGUGAAAAUUAAGAAGCUAGUAUUGGCUGAGCUGAGCUGAGCACCCAGCCAAAGUCUUGGGCCUACUUAAUUAGUGAGGUGAAGGGGAGAUCGUCGUGUCGUCAUCCAUGGUUGCUGCCAUCUGAUGAGCGAUGAACCAGUUCGUCCCUGAUUGGAGCAACAUGGGUGACGCAUCCAGGACACUCGGCGAAGAUGACAACCUCAUUGAGCUGCUCUGGUGCAACGGCCAUGUCGUCAUGCAGAGCCAGAAUCACCACCGGAAGCUGCCGCCGAGGCCGCCGGAGAAGGCGGCGGCGGCGGCGGUGCAAGAAGACGAGGCCGGCCUGUGGUUCCCGUUCGCGCUCGCCGACUCGCUGGAGAAGGACAUCUUCUCGGACCUCUUCUACGAGGCGCCCGUCGCGGCGACGGCGGAGGCGGCGCCUGCUGGCCCGGGCGCGGGCGCCGACGGCGAAGGAAAGACUUGCAAGGGCGACGCGGCAAUGGCGGAGGAGGAGCGUGGCGGGCCGGGCGCGGCGUCCGAGGCGCCGCGCGAGCUGAUGCCGCCGCCCAAGUCGACGAACGCGUCCUGCUCGAGGCAGCAGACGAUGAGCCUGGCGGACGGCGGCGACAACGCCGGGGACCUGUCGGAGCUCGUCCGGGCGAGGAGGUCGUCCGGCGGCGCGGCUCGGCGGAAGGCGGAGGCCGGCGGCGGCGGCGGCGGCGCGUCGUCGUCGAUGCUGAGCGCGAUCGGGUCGAGCAUCUGCGGGAGCAACCAGGUGCAGGUGCAGCAGCGCACGGCGAGCGAGCCCGGGCGCCGCGGCGCGCCGCCCUCGGCGGUGGGGAGCGCGAACGCCAUCCCCUGCGGCGGGCGCGACCACGGCCACGGCCACGAGGCGACCACCGUGGCGUCGUCGUCGGGGCGGUCCAACUGCUGCUUCGGCACCACCACCACCACGGAGCCGACGAGCACCAGCAACCGGAGCAGCAAGCGCAAGCGGCUCGACACCACCGAGGACUCCGAGAGCCCCAGCGAGGACGCGGAGUCGGAGUCGGCGGCGCUGGCGCGCAAGCCGCCGGCGAAGAUGACGACGGCGCGGAGGAGCCGCGCCGCCGAGGUGCACAACCUCUCCGAGAGGAGGAGACGGGACAGGAUCAACGAGAAGAUGAGAGCCCUGCAGGAGCUCAUACCACACUGCAACAAGACUGACAAGGCGUCGAUGCUGGACGAGGCGAUCGAGUACCUCAAGUCUCUGCAGCUGCAGCUGCAGGUUGUCAAGAUGAUGUGGAUGGGGAGCGGGAUGGCGCCGCCGGUGAUGUUCCCGGGGGUGCACCAGUAUCUGCCGAGGAUGGGCGUCGGGAUGGGGGCGGCGGCGGCGGCGAUGCCGAGGAUGCCGUUCAUGGCGGCGCCGCAGCCGGUGGUGCCCACACCGCCGGUGAACCACCUUGACCUGGGCGUCAACCACCUGCAGCCGCCGCCGACCCAGCUUUAUUUGCAGGGAGUGGGGUAUUAUCCGUUGGGGGCCAAGGCCGUGCAGCAGCAGCAAAAUCCACCACUUCACGUGCCAAAUGGAAGCAUUAUGCCUCCUCCUGAAAAUGCACCCAACACAGGAUCAGGAUAAUUAACAAAAAAGAGUGAGAGCAAAGAGGAAGAAAACAUUCAUGGUUGCAUUGAUCCUGAAUGAGUAUAUAUGGCAAUAAAGGUAACUGAGCUGCACAGCAGGACGGAGCAGAGGAAUUUGACAGGGGGACGAUUUCUUUAGCUUUUUCCCCUCUUUGGGAAGCCAGGAACUAGCUGUGAUGUGCAGAAGAUGUUAGCAAAAUCUCUUGAAGAUCUCUAACUGAUUGUAAUUAGGGGUAUGAUGGCAUGUUCAAAGCAUAAGGCUGGUCUGGUCUUUUGUACCAUUGGAAUUAACAUUAGAGACAGAAAUUGUGCCAUACAUUUGGAACAAGAGUAGUUAGUAUAAAUUGACACACUUCUUUUCAAAAAGUACAAGUUGACACACUUUCUUUC